AUGAACAAACCAUCUUCACACUAUUUGGUAGUCAUAGAGAUGGUCUUAAUGUUGACAAUGAUCUCCAUGUCUCAAGCUACGAGCAACGUCCACCCUCUGAUUCUGGUUCCAGGAAACGGCGGUAACCAGCUAGAGGCAAGACUGGACCGAGACUACAAGCCAGAUAGCGUCUGGUGUAGCAGCUGGUUAUACCCGAUCCGCAAGAAGAGUGGUGGAUGGUUCAGGCUAUGGUUCGAUCCAACAGUGCUCUUGUCUCCCUUCACUAAGUGCUUCAACGAACGGAUGAUGUUGUGCUAUGACGCCGAUUUGGAUGAUUAUCAAAAUGCCCCUGGUGUCCAGACCCGGGUUUCUCAUUUCGGUUCUACCAAAUCCCUUCUCUACCUCGACCCUAGUCUCCGGUAUAGUCUAUAUUCUUCCAACAUUAUUUGUUACUAG